GGAACUUCCUAUCCGGGCACUGUGGGUUCCUGAAACACGAACAUUGUGUCAGAAUAAAAGUCGGAUCUCUACAUUUGAUUCAGUCGCAAUGUGAACCAGGACUCCAUUUUCACCAUGCUAUUUCGACUGUCGCUGCUUGGCUUUUAUCUGAAGACACGCGCAUGCUCUUCUGGGGCGAAGAGUAGUCUUUCCUCGCGCUCUGGCUACCAGUUCCUCAGGGAUGGAACGAGCCAGGAACUCACUUCUUAAUGGGUGAUCUCUCCUGCAGUAUUCCAAGAAUGAUCCCUUCGAAGAAGGCAAUAAUUCCAAACUGUAUGGCACCAUGAUCAAAGAAUGAGAAAACAGUCUGCAACUUUGAGUUGUUAGCAUUUAGAAAAUUUUAAAGACGUUCUGCUUCGAAACUGCUUAGCGAGGCGCUCUGUAUGCAGUAUGCAUUUUCACACUAGUCUUUUUUAAGUCGGUGAGAUAAUCUCAUAAUUCUGACUUCAUUAUACGACCUGUGAUUUUCGUCGUCGUCGACAUUCGGCCAUGCUCAACCCCUGGUUCGAGGCUCACGUCUUGCCAAGGUAGUAGGACAUUCGGCCAUGGUCAUUUUCUGGACGUUGGGUGUCCGGUUUGAUUCCCGCCAAGACAUCUUUGUCCCCUACCUUCCAAGCCUCUGAGUCUUUGCUCUCACGACCGCCAUCGUCAUUAAUCCCUGCCAAACUAUGAAGAGAAUAAGCUCGAGCUAUCUGAAGGCGGAGCGAACCGUCCUGCGACUCCUCCAUGGCCAUGUGACCCGGACCCGACUCACCCAGAUCCACGCCUACUUCCUCCGCCAUGGCCUCCACCAGUCCAACCAAGUCCUUGCGCACUUCGUCUCUGUCUGCGGCUCCCUCAACCGGAUGUCCCACGCCGCUCGCGUGUUCGCCCAGACCCACUACCCGAACGUCAUCCUCUUCAACGCCAUGAUCAAGGGCCACUCCCUCUGCGGACCCUUCGAGCGUUGUCUGGAUCUGUUCUCCUCCUUGAAGAGCUGUGGCAUUUGGCCCGACGAGUACACUUUUGCGCCUCUGCUCAAGAGUUGUUCGAGCCUCGGGGACCUGAGGCUUGGAAGGGGCCUGCACAGGGAUGUGCUUGUUGCUGGGUUUGAGCGUUUUGCUUCGAUUCAGAUCGGGUUGGUCGAGCUUUAUGCUGCAUGUGCUGAAAUGGGCGAUGCGCAGAAGGUGUUUGACGAGAUGCUUCAUCGGGAAGUGAUUGUUUGGAAUUUGAUGGUUCGUGGGUUUUGUAGCGCUGGUGAUGUUGAGAUGGGGUUGGGGGUUUUUAGAAGAAUGAGCGAGCGGAAUGUUGCUUCCUGGAAUACGAUAAUCUCUUGCUUGGGGCAGAGUGGGAGGGACAGGGAAGCUCUGGAGCUCUUCGAUGAGAUGCAGAAGCAGGGUAUCGAGCCAGAUGACGUAACAGUUGUCAGUUUGUUGCCCGCUUGUGCUCGUUUGGGUGCGGUCAACACUGGACAACAGAUUGAAUCCUACGCCGAGUCGAGCAGGCUUCUGGAGGAUUUCGUCUCCGUUGGAAAUGCAGUCAUUGAUUUUUAUUGCAAGAGUGGAGAUAUGGAAGCUUCUAUGCGGAAGUUCAGGGGAAUGCCAAGGAAGAAUGUCGUAUCAUUUAAUACCGUGAUCACGGGCAUGGCAUUUAAUGGAAAGGAUCGACAAGGAGUCAAGUUAUUUGAGGAGAUGGCGACAGAAGGCAUGAGUCCUAACGAUGCUACUUUUGUAGGUGUCCUGACGUGCUGUAGUCACGCUGGUAUGGUGGACAAAGCGCGGGAACUGUUUGCUUCUAUGAGUGUGGAUCACCAGAUCGAGCCGAAGCUCGAGCAUUAUGGCUGUAUGGUCGACCUACUAGGACGCGGUGGAUGCGUGAGAGAGGCUUUCGACUUGAUCAGGAAAAUGCCUAUGAAGCCAAAUGCUGCACUAUGGGGCUCUGUGCUCAGCGCUUGCCGCACUCAUGGUGACACGGAGCUCGCAGAACUCGCUGUUAAGGAACUUAUUAACCUUGAACCUUGGAAUUCAGGUAACUAUGUGUUGUUAUCAAACUUAUACGCCGAUGCAGGGAGAUGGAAUGAGGCGGAGGAAGUAAGAGUCCAGAUGAGAGGACGAUGCGUUCACAAAGUACCUGGCUAUAGUGCUGUUGGGUGAUAAGAUCACAUUCUUGGUGCUGAUCCUCAAUCAGUGAACUGCGGAAGCAGGACAUUGCGGGCGUCCCAUGCGAAAGCCGCGUGAAGUGAUCGAGACUUAGCUGGCCGAAGGACAGAGAACAGAGAACCUCCUCAAGGAUAAUACACUCGAUCCUUACUGGUUAAUUUCAAAUUACUGAUUUCUGUGUGGUUACCAUCAAAUUCCUAAUCAGAGAAUCUAGCCCACUCGAAUGAGAAACACAACUUCUGAAAGUUUAGAGAACGCAUUGCAGCAAUUAAGAAGACAUUUUGGUAGGACUGAAGCAACAGAUUAUGAUAAUCUGUGUUUAAUAGCUAAGUAACUAGUCGCUUAA